AUGGUUACUGUUCACUCUGUCGCUCAACAAGGCUUUGGUGAAGGAACCAACGACUUGUAUGACCGUAUCAGACCGACAUACCAGUCAUGGGCUUUGAGCCAUAUCCGUAGCUCUAUCAGAAACAAGGCUCCUUUGGACAUCGCAGAGCUUGGAUCCGGCACAGGAAUCUUCACUCGAGCACUGCUCAACCAUCCGGAAUGGUCGAACGAGAUAAAGGAGAUCAGGGCAGUAGAGCCCAGUGAGGGAAUGAGGAACACUUUCUCCCAGAAGGUCACAGACCCACGAGUGACGGUUUCGAAAGGGACUUUCGACACCACUGGAAUCCCGGAUGGGUGGGCUGACGUGGUGAUCAUCGCCCAGGCCUUCCAUUGGUGUCCGGACUACGAUAAAGCUGCUGUUGAAUUCGACCGAAUCUUGAAACCCGGAGGUGCCGUGGUAUUCAUCUGGAACCUCGAGGACAGGGAUGCUGAUGCAUGGGCUGCACAAGUUAGAGACCUCAUCGAGGUGCACGAACAAGGAACCCCGCAGUUUAGGCUCGGGUUAUGGCGGCAAGCUUUCGAAACACCUUCGUACAAGAAGGCAUUCAUAGAACCAGAAGAGAAAGUCUGGUCGCACUAUAUUCCUGCGACCGAGCAAAGCGUCGUCGAUAGAGCUUCUAAAACGACAUACGCAAAGACGGAAGAGUUGUCCGUUUCUUUCUAUGCCAACCUACCAAUAGAAGUCAAGCAAGUAUUGCGAAAUGCUGACUUUUACAAAACGGCAUAUAUGGGAGGAAUCGAUACGACCACUGGUUUUGCAGUGGUGGCAUCCGCUAAAACGUGCUUUGUCUGGCAGCAUGCCCAGGCUAUCAAAGGAACUCCGACAUGCUACAUCUUUCUAUGUCCACCUGAGUCCGAUGCACUCCACCCACCGUUCCACGCACUCGUUCCUCAAGGUGCAUCCCAAGAGCCCGGCCUUAUCCUUAUCUCUCACUCUGGUCAAAUUCGGUUCUGGGAGAGCAUAGGCAUCGGUCUGGCGGGAGGUGAUAACUUUGCGACCUUUGACCUGAACCUGAGGGAAGAUGAACAUGUCACGAACCUGACUCGCGUCGACUCCCAAUUAUUCGUUGCCUCGACUUCACAAGGCGCACUAUAUCGUCUGGUCUUGACUUCCACUGGAGGAAAAUACCAUCUGUCUUCGCGAAUCUUCUCUCGACCGCCCGUCGCUCGAGGCCUCUCCAGCUUCUUGCCGUCCUUCCUUGGCUCGUCAUCUUCGGUCCUCAACGAUGACGCUAACAGCACCUACAUUCGUUCCAUUGCAGUCACCCCACCUUCGGACACUGGAGAAAGAUCUGUUUGGGUAUUGGGUGAAGAGAACAUUCAGCAGUGGAUCAUGAGACCUGAUGGAUGGGAGGAGAAGGCCAUUGAUGAGAAUGUUUCCGAGUCUAUAAAGAUCGUACUGGAGGACCUCCCUUCGGCUCCCGACGGAAACUUGGACUUGGAGUUGCUUGACCUUGCAAUUGACGAUACCGGAAAGUUCAUCUUGCUGGUUUCGUACUCUGGAGUCGAGGAGGAUACUGGUGGAAUUAAGCGCCUGUAUGCCUUGACGCAGUUGGUGCUCACAUCGAGCGAGACCAAGGAAUUCUUCUCGGUGGACACUAUCAAACAAGUUCCUUACCAGAAUACUUCUGCACCUAGCGCACCUGUCGUCCCAAGGAUACAACUGCUUUUCUCGGGCUCCAUUGUCAGCGUCGAGUUUGGCGACACUGUGGCAUUCUGUGCACAAGAAUCCAACUUCCAAGACCGUAUCCAGCUCAAGUCCAUCGCGGACAGGACAUUAGGAGUUGGUGUUAGCCAAGCAACAAGCACACUGUUGGUUCUAACGGCCACCACAAUGAUGCAAGUUGAAUUGUCGUUAGAUAAAAUUCGGGCAUUCAACCCUGAGACCGGCCAUACCAACUUAAUCAAGUCGAUAUUGAUGCAGGCCAUCUUGUACGGCGCAUCUCCCGAGAACCCGCUUCACUUCAGCUUCCCACCUCAGAUCGAUGAAGAAAGUCUCAUGCGAGGCGCCGAACAACUCAGCCAAGCUGUUCUCAGAUCUGACCCUGAAGUUGUCCGACGGAACCAUGACCUGACGGCUCAACUCAACGGUCGGAGGGACCGCUUGAACUGGCUGAUUGGAUUCAUCAAUGAAAACCUCGUACUUGGAAAAAUGUCACAGCGGUCGCGACAGCGUCUGGCCAUUGAUGCCGAAAAACUAUUUGCGGCCCUUCAACUCUGGAUCCAGUAUAACGAGCUCCUGGCUACCAACCCCACAUUUACAGUUCUCAACGAUGCCGUUCAUUCAUACAUGGCGGACGCAGGGGAGAUGCAGCACGAAGAUGUCAUGCGAGCCUUCUUCCGGUACAAAGUUGCUGAUUUGGGCAACUUGAUUCGCAAGAUUUUCUCCAUCAUCACUUUGUCGGCCAGCCAAACCAAUAGGGACGUCGCUCUCCUCCUGCCGGAAGGCAACCGUAUUGUGAUUACGGCAUUGCGAUCCGCCUUCGAAUACAGGGCGCACAACUUCCAAGUCUAUGGCAUUGAACUUCCCAUGAUCUCGUCCUGGACAAGUCGCCCCAAGACAGCAGAUGUGGUGCUGGACUUGUUCAAUGCUACACACGAUGCUUUGGAGAAGGUGUUGGUGGAGAACCCAGCUUCAAAGCCGAGGGAAAUCGAGCCCGGGUGCCAGCUUCCUCAGCUCGCCGCUUUGUUCUUCGAAUGUGUCUCUGAACGAUUGGAGUGGCUUUCCAGCCCCAAGGCUGCUGACGAGGCAGGAUCGAGUCAGGACAGGGACAAGCUCGAGCAAUACUUCAACUCCCUUCGACCUGGGAUGCUGGAAACCCUUCGAAGCACCGGGUUCCAGGAAGAGGCGUUCUCGCUCGCGGAGAGAUAUCAAGACUUUGCCAGUCUCGUCGCGCUCUGCCAUCGAGAAACCGUCUACCCCCCUGAAAACAACCCCAACCUUGAACGCAUCAAGAUGUACAUCCAGAAAUAUGGGGACAAGUUCACGGAUGAGCUGUAUCAGUGGUACAUUCAGCAUGGUGAACUGCGCGCGAUGUUCAGUCAAGAACACGAACAAAGCGCGUUCAUUGACAAGUUCUUCCUCAAAAAUCCUAAUCCUGGUAUUUCAUGGCUGCACGAUAUAGGGAAGGAGAACUAUGGCGAUGCAUCGGCUGCCCUCCUCGAGGAGUCCACCCGAGCCAAUAGCCUCGAGGUCAAACAUCUCAUGCUCAGUUUGGGUAAACUUUCAGCUCUGGCCCAGCUGCAUGAAACGAACGAGGCGGUGGAUCAGCGGGUCCUCGAUGCUUUCCACGAUCAAUUGGACUUUAUCAGUGUGCACGAUGGUUUGGCAACCGAAUUCAAGUCGGCGUUGCAAGGAGUUCGCGGCCGACAUUCCCUGGAGAGUCAGGUGGACAUCAUCAUGAAUGCGAAAGCACCGGGCUUGAAGGAAUACAAAGCCUUCGCCAAGUGCUUCAAGGACCUUCUGAAACACUUGCUGCAAGGGCGAGCGCUAUCAAUCGAAGACGCCGUAGAUCUGUUGACGAUGAAGGAUAACCGGGAGAAUCUCUCGGAUUAUUCGACAGCCCUGCACCUCCUGGCCUCUGCCUCGAAUCUUCCGGAAGCUAGAAGGUUGUCUGCGUUCCGAACAGUGUGGAGGAGAGUUUAUCUUCAUGACGACUGGAAGGCGAUUGGCAAGACUGCCGGAGUUGCAGAUGCCACCAUCACUGAUCGCUACAAGGGCACGGCGCUCUAUGCGACACUCUGUGCAACCUUGGCACGGGCCCGAAGUGAGCGAGUACCGAAUGGGUACGAGACAUCUCCGGAUGUUGCGCUCAUGGUUCCUUCUGCGAGCGAGAUAGCAGCGAGGUGGUCUGGCUUGUCGCAAGAACAAAUUGAGGCCAUUGUGGAGGACUACAACUUGGAGCGUGACAAGUUGGGUGAGUUGGAGUUGGAGGACAUCUAUCAUCGCAUUCGGGAAUUGGCCGUCCAGGAUUCGUCAAGUUGGUAA